AUGUCAAGUAACCACGAUAAAGUCACGGUUGCUCCGCUAGUUUUGCUGUCUGUUUUAGACCACUAUCAGCGGACUAAUACGCCGGAGAACAAGAGAUGUGUCGGUGUGAUAUUGGGGGAUGCUUCAACUGAUACCUUCAGAGUAACUAACUCAUUUGCAUUACCAUUUGAGGAGGACGAGAAGAACCCAGAUGUGUGGUUCUUGGAUCACAAUUACAUCGAAAAUAUGAACGAAAUGUGUAAGAAGAUUAACGCCAAGGAGAAAUUAAUUGGAUGGUACCAUAGUGGGCCUAAAUUGAAGGCCUCCGACUUGAAGAUUAAUGACCUGUUCAAGAAAUACACAAGCACAAAUCCUUUACUGCUGAUUGUGGAUGUUAAGCAACAGGGUGUGGGACUUCCAACGGAUGCAUAUGUCGCUAUAGAGCAGGUAAAGGAUGAUGGUACUUCUACGGAAAAGACAUUCAUUCACUUACCUUGCACGAUAGAGGCAGAAGAGGCAGAAGAGAUUGGUGUUGAGCAUUUGCUCCGGGAUGUGCGUGAUCAAGCUGCCGGAGGGCUGUCUAUCAGACUCACCAAUCAAUUGAAAUCACUAAAGGGCCUGCAAAGGAAAUUGAAGGAUAUCGUUUCUUAUCUGAACAAAGUCAUUAACGGUGAACUGCCCGUGAAUCACACUAUCCUGGGUAAAUUGCAAGAUGUUUUCAACCUGCUUCCUAACUUAGGUUCUCCAAACGAGGAUGAAAUGAACUUGAAGAGCGCAGAUGUGGUUAAUUCCUCGAACAAUUUACAAAAAGCAUUGACCGUAAAGACCAACGACGAACUGAUGGUCAUCUACGUUGCUAAUUUAGUCAGGUCCAUCAUAGCAUUCGACGACCUGAUCGACAACAAGAUGCAGAACAAGAAGUUGCAAGAGAGGAAAGCUAAGGAGCAUGAGGAAAACAAGCUUGAGGAAGAGAAGAAAACCAUCAAAGAGGAAGAAAAUGGGAUAACUAGUACGUAA